CACUCUUCUUCCCCUUCACAAUCACCACCACACGACCAUAUCUCAGAGUCCAAUUCUUCACUCUCCACAUGCCAACACCAAUGGCUCUUAAUCUCUGCACCUCCCCUAAAUGGAUUGGCACCACCGUCUUUGAUAGUACUUCUUCAUCGAAGCUAUCACUUGGUUCAUCUUCUUCUACUGCUUCAUUUUCUUCUUCCAUUUUGAAUUCAAAGAGUGUUGGUCUCAAGAGCUUAAGCUUGAGGAAGAGUGGGAGUUUCAGUGUAAGAUCAAGCUUGGAAACUACGGGCCCCACCGUGACUGUCGGACAAGUUACUGAAGUUAAUAAGGACACGUUUUGGCCCAUCGUUAAUGCCGCCGGUGAUAAAACCGUCGUGCUCGACAUGUACACUCAAUGGUGUGGUCCUUGCAAAGUGAUAGCUCCAAAGUACAAAGAAUUAGCUGAGAAGUAUUUGGAUGUUGUCUUUCUAAAGCUUGAUUGCAACCAAGAUAACAAGCCCUUGGCUAAAGAGCUAGGAAUUAAGGUGGUUCCCACUUUUAAAAUUCUGAAAGACAGCAAGAUUGUAAAAGAAGUAACUGGAGCUAAAUAUGAUGAUUUGGUCUUUGCCAUUGACACUGUUCGUUCUAGCUAAACAAUAUUACAACUAUUCUCUUGCUAUGUAAAAAUAUCAUGCGUGAUUCCCUCUGUAAGUAUUUCUAAUGCAAUUGUAAGCUGCUGAGUGGAAGAUGAGGAAAUGUCACCAUGUUGUUGUAAGCUGUAAUUGAUUAUUCCCUAUGCAUAGGGAAAAGUUGCUUAAAAUUAUUUCUGUUAUCAACUUGAUCAUGGGCUAUCUAUAAAGGUGGCUCAGAUUGCUUUUAUUUUUUAUUUUUAAAAUAAAUCUACAUUAGCUAAAUAUAAA